AUGCAAAAUGUUCGCUAUAGUUCAUCCUCUGUAAUACCCGGUAGUAGCUCCGGAAAUUCGGGGGAUUUUUGGAAAUAUUUUGCUGAUCAGAUUUCAUCAAAUAAGCCCACUACCAGUACCUCCAAGUCCAGUUCUUCCCUCAAUGAAGCUUAUCCACAUUUAUUCAGAAAUAUGAAUAAAAUUACUCCAACAUCGAAAACUCUAAAAGAAACUCCCAGAAAAACUCCAAAGGCAAGUACUCGGACAUCUUCAAGAACACCAAAAACUUUAAAAACAACCACAUCAGAUUCGUUUGAGAAGGACUCACAUACUCUUGUAGCAAUAUCAGAAGGAAGAGGACAGGCAAGGGGUGAGAUAGGCAUUGCUGCUCUUGAUGUGUCAUGUCCUCAUUUGAUAUUAUGCCAAAUUAGUGAUACACAGACUUACAGUAAUACUUUGAUUAAAAUAAAUGUCCUGAAUCCAGUGGAGGUUGUUCUUCCCCACACUUUUUGUGAAGGCACUAACAUCAGUAAAUUGUAUGCAAGCAUUCAAGAGACAUUUCCAUCUGUUUCACUCACUUUGGUUCAUCGGCGACAUUUCAAUGAUGGCAAGGGUCUACAAAUAAUAAAAAAUGUCUGUGCCAAUGAAUAUGCAUCUGUUGAAUUGCUUGUCUCUCAUAAAUUUUAUGCCCUAUGUGCAGCAGCAGCUUUGAUAAGAUAUGUUGAAUACAAGCAAUCAACAAUAUUUCUCCCCAAAUCUCUGAAAAUUGAAUACCAAGGUCCUCAUAAUUCCACUGUAAUUGAUGUGGAUUCUGCUCAUCGGCUAGAACUUGUGAAAAGUUGCACUGGUACAGUAGCUCAACAUUGUCUUUUUGGAGUUUUAAACCGGUGUCGUACAAAUGGAGGAAUAAGGCUGCUUCGAGCUAAUAUCUUGGAACCUCCUUGUUCAUUACAGACAAUAAUGUAUCGCCUUGAAUGUGUACAAGAACUUAUUUCAAAACCAGAAAUAUUACAUUCUCUGCAGAAUAUAUUAGUAAAAGUAAGUUAUGCAGACCGCUUGUUGACACUCUGCAUGCACGCACCCCAGCAAGAUACAUUGAGAGCUGCAGAACAACAGAUGAAUUAUGUUUUGCUGUUAAAAACAACUUUAGAGCAAAUUCCCAUUCUUUCUGUAGCUCUGGAAAAUGCGGAAUCGGAAUUUCUUUGCACUGUUCGAGAGGAUCUGCAGAAUGUAUAUUUUGAUACAAUAAGGAAACGCAUAUCAGAAACCAUCCAAGAUGAUGCCCAUAUGGCUAAAAACUAUGUUACUGCACAGUAUCAACGCUGUUUUGCUGUUAAGCCAGGAAUAAAUGGUUUAUUAGAUGUUGCAAGAAAAACAUAUAGUGAACUUAUUGAGGACAUGAUUGGUAAUUUCUUAACAGUUUCUCGAGGAGAUUGUCUUGUUAUAAUUUCUGAAACCAAUUUCAAUUGA